GUUGUUCUGCUUCCCACGACCUCCAUUCAGACCAGACACACAGAGACAGGCCUGCCUUGUGCCUUCCCCUCUCCCUCUCCUCUCGCCCGCCGCCCGAUCCACGCCGGCGGCUGCCCAAGGUGUCCUCGUCUCCCCUCUCCUCCGCUCCUGGACGCCGCCCUCCCGCCCCGCAGCCGGCUGAUUCCUUCUCUCCUUCCUCAGGUUCCUGCUGACCACAAGGCAGACGCGAUGGAGCUCCCGGUGGCGGACCCCGGAACGGAGCGAGGCGAAGGCCCGCUGAUCCAGUGUCCAUACUGCGACUCAGAGGCGAUGCACAAGCUAGCACAGAUCCUUCUCCCCGGUCUCGCCGCCGUCUGCGUGGACGGCACGACGGGGGACCUGUUCCGGAACCCUUCCGUGGUGGCCGUCGACCUGCGGAAGGAGAUGGUGGACUACAUCACGCAGCGGAGCGACACGUUCAUCGCGGACGCGCUGAUCGAGUCGGAGGCGAACCAGGACGGCCCCGAGGCCGAGAUGCCCGACGACCCGUUCGAGAUCAUCUCCAUCUUCAUGGACGACUUCAGCAGCACCAAGCGCAACAUCAUCGGCCACGUCUCCGGGUGGCUGCUCAGCGACUCCCGCGACGACAAGAUCGACGACUUCGUGCAGGAGAUGGAGAUGACCAAGUUCUGGCCGCUGGAGCGCCGUGAGGCCAUCGCCGAGGUCCUGCUCAAGAACGUCGACCUCAAGACCAAGUUCCACUGCCCCGAGAAGUACGAGAACGAGGAGCGGUUGGCUGAUCACAAGGAGCAGUGCAGCUUCAGGCCCGUGGUGUGUCCCAACGACGGCUGCCGCGCGAAGGUCUCUGUGAGGUGCAUGAAGGACCAUGACGCCGCGUGCUUGUACAAGGUGCUUCAGUGCGAGCAGGGAUGCGAGAAGAAGCUGCUCAGGAGGGAUAUGGAUCGCCACUGCGUCACUGUCUGCCCCAUGAGGCCCAUGAAGUGCCCCUUUGGAUGUGAUUCCUCGUUCGCUGACCGUGAUCUUGAGAAGCACUGCGCCGAGUUUCUUCAGGACCAUUUGGUGAAGGUCCUUAAGGCGAUUCAUAAGAAGCGUUCAGAAGAAGAGCUCAAGGAGAUUGCUCAGAAGCUGGAAAAGUUUGAUGCAGAUGGUAAACUAGCUAAAGCUCUGGAUGCAAGACCUCUUACUAAUCUUGUGAAGGACCUCGAGGCGAAGAUGAAAGGUUAAAACUCGAGUUAAAGGGGUCUUUUAUACAGACAAACUAAACAGGAAGGAUAAUGGCAUUGUUUAGUCGAAGGGAUGAUCCUACACGCAGCAUACAUACAGAGAAGAAUAUAAGUUCUGUUUUAUUCUUAUCUCCUUUUUACGAUUUUUGCUUCACUUUCUUUCCCCCUCACAAUCAAAUCAAUUGUCAGUAUGUAUAGUCCGCUAUUGCUUUGUAUCUUCAAUUUUGUACGAUGACAUUAUAUUAUUUGUUUUGGUAUAUAAAUCGAAAAUCGGGUCAUGUUUCUAGCA